CACAUGUACGAGCCACUUGACGAUUCGAGGCGACAAAUUCGACUUCUCCACUUGCACCGUGGAGACGAUGACGUCAAGCUAGCCUGCACCUUCAGCCUUGUGUCCCUGGAUGACGACCCUCAUUAUGAAGCUGUCUCGUAUGUUUGGGGGGAUUUUAAUAAAUGUUGCAGUAUCGACGUCGGUGCGGUGAACGAACCGGUACCGAUCAUGAGAAAUCUACAUUCAGUACUGCGCAACCUUCGUCUCCAUGAUCGCCAGCGCAUACUAUGGGUAGAUGCUCUGUGUAUCAACCAAAACGAUUUGGUCGAGAGAGGAAAACAGGUUGCAAUGAUGGCGACUGUAUUUAGUCGGGCAUCGCGCGUACUGGCCUAUCUUGGUGACCACUGGGACCGCUGCGAACUAGCGGUAGAAGCUAUACGACAACUGAGAGAAGAUGAAAGUAUGCACUUGUUCAGCUAUAUGCAACCGGGCCUUAGCAUCAACGGAGUGGGCUUGGAAUCUUUAGAACUAUUCAACACCGUCAUCGCCUUCCUGAACUCGGACUGGAUGACUCGCAUUUGGACGGUACAAGAAUUUGUGGUUGCGAAGGAGGUCGUUUUCCUUUAUGGC